GGAUUUCAGGGAAGCUCAUAUUAUCUUGUCUCUAUAUCUGCUUUAGUCACCUCUCUUUUUCUUAUACUGUAGACAGCUCCAGUUUGUGCAAUCUGUUAUUGUUGUGCAAUUCUCUUAAGCUUGGUAUAUAUUUGUUGCCACUGCACUAUUUCAAACUUUUUUCCAAGUGAGCACACCACAGCUACAUAUUCUUGUCUUAAUCUUAUUGUGUAUGUUGUAAACAUUCUUAGCAUCUCAUCUAUGUAGUACAAUGCCCCUUUCAUGUUAGUGAACAACCUGAAACUUCUCUAAUUAUCAUCUCAGUGUGUUUCUUUGGGAAAAGGCCCUGCACUAUUACUUUAGGUCUUUAUCUUCUGCACUUCUAAGGGCCUUUCCACCAAUGUUAUACCCAAUCUAGGUCUUUCUUCACUCAUUCCCAUUUCCAAAAUGUGACAUUUCUUAACGCUAAACUCCAUUAUUCAUGAUUUACUCCAGUUAGGCAAUUCAUUCAGAACCUUUAGCUCUUAACAACAUUCAUUGCCUUUUAUUGGAUGCUUAAGUGCAUCAUCUACAAACAGAUUAACAUAGCUUGUCAACAUGUCUGGAGUGUCAUUGACAUACACCAGAAAUAUAAUUGGUGCUAAAAUUGAACCUUGCAACACCACCUGUUAAGUCCAACAUGAGGACGCCCUGCUCCCUAUGUCCCCAUCCUCUCAUCCUCGUCUUUUUAUCAAAUAGCUCUCCACUAGCUUGAGCGUCUUCCUAUGCCCUCCCCCAUUGGUUUUCAGGUUAUAAAGCAGUCUUGUGUGACAGUUCCCCAAAGUUUUUAUUUAGAUAAAGGUAUAUGUAAUAAAUCCAUUCUUCUGUUUUAUAGCUUACAUAUUACACUUGGUAGUGCAACCAAAAAUCUUUUACAUUUAUAAGAUCUUUGGUGAUACUGAUCUGUAAUUGAGUGGAUUUUCUUCAUCACCACUUCCAGCGCCUCCAUCAUCCAAGGAUCCCUGUACACUAUCACACUUGCUCAGUACACUGAUAAAAAGUAAAAGUUGGUCAUGGUCGUGGUGAAAAUAAUCACAUCAAGGUGUUCCUAGCAACGGCGUCCUUAGCAACAGCGUCCCUAGCAACGAGCCAAACGACGUACCGCCCGGAAACCUUGCCGCUCCUUUAUUGUUGUUUCGUAUGUCAGGUGGAGGGAAUCAAGCGACAGAGAAAGGAAACAACAGUUCCCAAAUCUGUGGUGAAAUCUAAUUACUGAUAAUUAUUGGUAAUAUUGAGGUGUUUGUGAUUCUUUCCCGAACUCUCCCGUCUGAUCCCAUAAAUAAGAGUAGAAGAGAAUAAAAAGAAAAAAAAAAUGUAUUCGAGCAGUGAAGAAGAACAUACGCCAGCAGAAGUGGAAAGAGGUGAGGAGGAGGAGGUAGAAGAAGAAGUGGAGGAGGAAGAGGAAGAAGAGCCAGAGGACCCCCGGGUGUGGUGGGUGGUGAAGUGGGUGUGUCAGCUACUGGGCUACCCCGCCACCACCCGCCCCGCCCGUCUGGUGUGGCCACAACACCCUGACCACCACUACCCACCUGCCCUCAUUGCAAGGUUCCUGGAUGAAACACCAAAGGGAAGUUGUCUGGUCUUCUGGCAGGCAGACUACACUGAAGGAGACGAUGACCCAGACACCUCCCCCCCAGACCUGCCACUCCCCGGCACCACUGAGGGUGCCACGAGCUCCUUCUCUUGGAAAUUCAGUGAGCAGGAUGAUACAGAGGAUGAGAAGGGUGGCUUACAAGGGGGCCCUGCUGUCAAGAAGCAGCAUAAAUGCCUCACAAUAGCCCCGGCAGGACCCUUGCUACACGUGCAGGAGACAGCCGUGCCUCCCACCGUGGGUGUGCCAGUGGUGUUGGUGAAGAAGGCAGCAGAGGGUGCUGUGCCAGAUAUGCCAGACACUCAUCAGGCCCAGGAACUGAUGCCCCUCCACCUUCACCUUACUUACCUCCUCCCCGAUACCUACCGUGCCCUCCAUGCUGUCUUCAAACAGGUUUAUGUACCUCUCUGUGAACGCCUUGGUAAGAGUGACAGAACUUCAUACUUGGCUACCCUCGCACACAGCUUUUCAAAAGUGAGUCAGUUACAACCACCAUUGCCACCUCUGGACUAUGACUCGGAAGAAGAAGAUGAAGGAGGACAGCAAGGUGGAGCCACUGCCUUCCCAAAGCUACUAGCAAAGGAAGGAGGGGAAAAAGGGCCAGAGAGGAGGAGAGAUGAGUCAGCUGGAGAAAGGAAGAGUGAGGAGGAUGACCAGGAGGAUGAUAAACCCACAAGAAGUCCAAGAACCCUGCUGCUUAAAAAUGUUAAGAGGUUCAACAAGAAGGCCUUAGAGGUGGGAAGCGGUGACACUACCCUCGGGGACCUCCGAGCAUCUUGGUCCAGUGGGUUUCUUGAAUUGUCCUCCGUCCUUGCCCACUUGCAAGCACACCCAUUGCUAACUGAGCAAGAUGAUGAUGAAGAUGAAGAAGAGGUUGCUAAGAUAAAGGAGCUGCGAAGAGCCAUGAUGAAGCUGACUGACCUGCACACAGGCCUUGGGGAUUGCUACAAGUCACUGAACUACCUGGAGAAAUUUUUCAAGGUGGUGAGUGAGGGUCGGCUGGCAGGGCUGCAGGGGUUGGCGGGAAGUCUUAUGGAAGUGCUGUUGCUGGUGUGGCGGCUUGGGCGACGGCAAGGCAUCAGUGGGAGGGUGCAGGUGAUGCUGGAGUGUGGCGUGGAGAGUCUGGUGAGUGUUGUGACCAGGGAGUUGCGACCUGUGAACCUACUGCCGGCAUCCAUGAGAGAGGCUCACCCCUUCCUGGCAUCUCAGAGGAGGGUGACGGAGGCUCUGGAUGUGGUAGCAGAGUGGGAAGAAGCAGUGACAGUCACUGCAGACACUGUUAUGGCUUCAGCCAAGCGACAGAGAGAUGGACGAGUGGACUUCGACCCCACCAAAGUCUUGGGUACCAUUCGGGGCCUGCGAAAUGUGUGCACUGACCUCAGCAGCAUUAUGAAGGUGCUUUUAGAGGCACAGGUGGGCUUCUCAGGGGAGUGGUCAGCGCUGAUUCGGGUGCAGGACCCUGACCAACUACGCACUGUCACCUCCCAAGUCCUACGGGUGUUGACAGCCUAUGACUUCAACAUCUUCUCAACUAGGAAUCAAGAUCGCUGGGUGAGACAGAAGGAAGACCUGCAACUGGCUGUGCAGAAAUGGGAGCAAGCUGUGAUCAGUGCCAUCAAUGAAAGCUUUCAGGACAGAAUGACAUCUGAGUUGGUUACAGCAGUGGCUGGUGUGCUGGAGAAGGAGCCGUGCAGAGCUUCCUUCAGGCAGCUCUUGAUUUCCCGCCUACCAGACCUACUCUUGGCCUUUGCAGAGGAAGUGAAGGGUAUCAGGGCAGACUUUAAGGCAGAGCAAGAGAAGGAGAGGCCAGGCACACAAGCUCCUCUCUCUGGCCGUGUCCGCUGGAUGACUGCCUACCUCACCAAGCGUCUGGCUGCCUGGACCACCCUUAAACAGCUCUAUUCACAACACCAAGGUUCAGGUGCUGGUGGUGACCUGUGGACAGAGGUGGAGGCAGAGGUGGAGGAGGUGCAGGGAGAGGUGGAACGUGCUAGGGAGGAGAUGGUGGCUGAGUGGGGGAAGAGAGUCACCCAGCAGAUCCCCAAGCUACUGGUGACGCCUGUGCUGACUCGUGAUGAAAACCACUCUGGUGUGGGUGGGUGGCGUGUUCGGCUGCCGGGGGAGCUGCAGUCGGUGGUGUGGGAGUCCGGACAGCUGCUUCAAGCUGGUAUACGCCCCCCGGAGCUUGCCACCCACUUAACUCUCCACUACCACACACUCCAGACUGCCGCUAUGGGCCUCCACCUCACCCUUAAAGACUACCAUUCAGUCCUGGACCAGCUCAGUCCUGAACAACGUGAGUUGCUAAGUGCUGAGUUGAGAGGUGCUGACCGUGUACUGGCAGCAGGACAGAGAGUGGUGACUUGGUCCCCUGCUGCUCUCACCCACUUCAGUACCUCCUGCAGGGAUGUCAUUGAGCAUGUCAGGGCCCUUGCCAACAAGCUCAUCAGCAUCACACUCCACUUGGAAGACCAUCUUGCCACCAUUCGGGAUACUCGCCUCCUGAACCCUGCCCCCAGAAGCACCACUGACACCAGCCCGCACCCACCCUCCCUGCAGGAGCUGGUGGGGGAGUGUAAAGUGAGAUGCAAUGAAAUGGUGGAGGAGCUGGUGGAGGUGUACGAGAGGCUGGUCACCACAUUGGGGUCUGCAGGACUGCUCCUCAGCAGUGCAGAGGAGGGCGCCCCAGAGUCCCUCAUUGCCCACAUACGCACUGCCCCAGACCUCAAGGCCAGACUGUCCCCAUUCCUCCUUCACUGGCAGCAUAAUGUGCAGGAAGCUGUUACCAUGAUGUUGGUAAACAGCAUCAACAGUAUGGAGCAGCUGCUGCAGGGUCAGGAGGUGGUGUUUGGUGUAGAGGCCAGCCUCACUUCUACCUCCAGUCUCACCCUUACACCUCCUGCACGCACCCUCACCUCCAUUCUGGCUGAUGCUCUUGGCCACACUGUCAGAAGUGCCAUGGUGUUUCGGCACUGGGUGGAACUGGAAGAUGGCACUGUUGCCCUCAACCCUGCCCCCACAGCUGAUGAUGACACCCUUGCCACCUCCACUUUCUACAGCCAGGUGUCUCAGGAUCCUCGUCUUCAUACUGCCAUUGAGAACAUCACAACCACAUUCACCCAAGUCAUCAGAACACUUGACACUGACCUGCAGAACUGGUAUGCAUAUGAACAUGUCUGGAGGAGGGACAAGAGUACUACAGUUAAUAGGUUCUGCCGCAGCGGACCAUCGGUGAAGGAGUAUGAUGACAAGCUGAGGUUCUACACCCACUUGGCCUCAGAGCUGUCCCAGGCUUCCCAGCACAAGACACAUGGCUGUGUUAGCCUGGAUGUGCGGCCACUGGUGGGACAGGUCGUGAAGCAGGCCGGGGAAUGGGUCAGACUGCUGGGGGGCGGACUUCUGUCAGAGGCACGCAGCAGGCUGAACCACGUCCUGGAGCAGGUUAUGCACAUUAAUUGCAACCUUGAGAAGCCCACCAAAGACCUGGCAUCCCUGACAGUGGUGGUGCGAGCAGUACGACAAGUCACCUCUGAACAUGCCCACCUCCACACUGCCAUACUGGAUGUCCGCCAGAUGUUCCACACCCUCAGUGUCUACGGCAUUGAGGUUUUGGAUAGUGAUCAUAGGAAACUUGAAGUAACGUCGGAGAAAUUGGAAGUUCUUCAUCAAAAUUCUCUAACAGUAAAGAGGUCACUGCAGCCCACACAGGCGCUCUUCCUGGCCAAGACACAGCAAAAAGUGGCUGACUUUAGCAAGACAGUGAAAAGAUUCCAGGAGAGGUUUGAGACCCAGGGUCCCGGGAGUGUUGGUGAAGAUCUAGAGAGAGGUGUUGGUCUACUUAAGGAGUACUCGGAUAAGGUGGUUGAACUUCUGAAAGAGCGGGAGCAGCUAGACCAGGAGGAGGAUGUGUUUGACCUGCCAGCCACGCAGUACCCAGGGCUGGACUAUGCUGUGGUUGUGAUGCAGCAGCUUCGAGAGGUCUUUUCCAUUUACCAGCAACUCAGAAGUAUAGAGAUGACAUGGCGUACAAUGCGCUGGGUCUCUGCGAAGCUGGAUGACCUGAAGGGGCAGGUAGAAGGUGUAAAGGCAGCUCUAGAGGCAUGUGAAGUUGGAAAUGAAACAGAAGUACGCCAAGCCCUGCAGCAACGUCUGAAUGACCACAUCACAAGCCUGGAAGUGACUGCUGCUCUCAGACAGCCAGCAGUACAGGCUAGACACUGGCAGCAUCUGGUGACUGCUGCAGGUUGCAGUGGGCGAUGGGAGUCCACAACAGGCAUUGGCAGUGUUAGUGUGUGGGAUGUUCUGGAGCUACGACUCUCCCGCCACCCUCUGCUUGUUGUCACCACUGUGGAUUCUGCUGUCAGAGAGAGUCACCUCAACACACAAAUCAAGGAUAUAGCUAAUUUUUGGCAGAGAACAAGACUGUGUGUGCGAACCUCAGCAGCUGUGUGGACUGUAGAGGGUCUGGAUGAUCUCCUGGAACAUCUGCAUGACCAUAAUCUGACCCUCAAGGCCAUGGCCAACACCAGAUACUGUCAGCCUUUUAGGGAGGAGGCAGACAGACUGGCAAAGACACUUGUGUCAGUGGAGGCCCUAGUGGAGGCUUGGCAGGUCACCCAGGAAGAUGUAAAACUUCUCCUCUCAUCUGCUCUUGCCUCUGAGCAUCCAAAUGCCUCUGAACUAAGAGCUAGAUAUCGACAGCUGCUGGAGAGAAUGGAGAGGCGAGCAUUCGUGUUGGAGCUAGCAGGGAAUGAUGCAUUUUUGGAAGAAGUGUUGCUGCUGCAGAGAUAUGCCCAGCAACUUGUAAAUGAGCUGGGAGAAGUUUUGGGCCGCCCUCGCCGCCAGUGUGCCCGCCUUCAUUUUCUGACGAACCGGGAGCUCAUGGGUCUCCUAGCUCAGCCCACACCAGAAUGCCUCAAUCUCCUUGUAGGCAAGCUCUUCAACCAGGUGUGUGGUUUGAGGUGGAGUGAGGAGGGUGUGAAGGGCCUGGUCUCAAUGGAAGGGGAGGAGCUAAAUUUGUUCUCACCAGUGGCUCUGAUCAAGAAUGGUGCCAGUGAUGGCUUGAGUGUGGGGACAGGUGUGCAGCGGGUCCUGGAUGCUACACAAUCAGCCAUGAAGGGUGCAGUGCAGAGGGCCAUUGAGGAUCUUGGCAAGGAGAAGAGACUCCUACGAGUCAUACUGCAGGAUUAUCCACUCUCUGCUGUAUCAGUGGCGUGGCAGGUGUGGUGGGCAGCUGGUGUGGACAUGGCUCUUUGUGCUACUACGAAGGGUGAACGCUUGGCAGUAAGGAAGCAGUUGGAUAAAAUAACAGAGGACAUCACCUUUCUGCUGGGAGCAAUGGGUCGAGGUCAGCAGAAGAGGGAGGAGGAAGAAGUUGAACAGGAAGAAAGAGAGGUUCCCCAAGUGCCCCUCAGCUGGGUGCGAACACCAUCUGGCAGAUCAUGUCGCUCCCGCCGUGCAUCUGUUGCUGCUCUCCCGCCCUUCCGCUGCCUCCCAUUCCUCCUGGUGACCUUACAUGCCCGGGAUGUGGUCUCUUCUCUUAUUAGAAACAAUGCUUCUGGCAUGGAAGACCAUCGCUGGGUGAUGCAGCUGCGCUAUUCCUGGCAGACUCAGAACUCACAUCUACAGCUGCAUUCUGCACAUCGCAGCCUUGACUAUGGUUAUGAGUACAGUGGCUGUGGCUCCCCAAACCACGUGAUCACAUCCCUCUCUGAGCGGGUGUUAUACUCUAUUGUUGCUGCGCUUGCUGCCCACACCCCUCCUCUCCUUAUUGGUGAGAGUUGUGCUGGACGGCAGAGUUUGAUGGAAGCAGCUGCUCAUCUUGCUGGCAGGUUCCUCCUUACCUUUACACUUUCACCCUUCACUUCAGUUGCUGCAUUAAGCUCCAUGUUAGCAGGGUCUUUGGUGGGUGGGUCUUGGCUGUACCUGCGGGAGUGUGAGCAAGCAUCCCCUACCUUGUUGUCUGCCUUGGCAUCCACACUCCUCAACCUUAACCGGGCACACACCUACACUAGUGCCACUCCUGUCAUCCAGAUUGCUGGGCAGGAAGCAAACCUGAACCCUUGGGCUGGUGUUAUCCUUGGGUCCACCCAGUUCAACUACGAUCACCAAGAGGAGGCCACCCGCUGCCUUCCCUUGUCUCACUCCCUCCUGAGCCUCAGUAGGCCUGUGUAUAUGGCAUCUCCUCCAGCACAAACAUUGGUCUUUGUGUGGCUCUUGGCUCAGGGUCUUUCAAGGGCACAGGAGGCAAGUGAAGCAAUGACUGAGGUGCUGCGCCAGGUACUGGGGUCAUACAGGGGCUUGGCAGGGAUGGUGGGGUUACGUCUUCACUUGCGACUCACACAGGAGGUAGUGCGUUUGCUAAACCUUGCCUACAUGCCCAUGCAGGCUGCUGUUGAGGCCUUCAGGACCUUAGUGUGUCCACGGUUGCCUCCUGCAUCUCUGGGUGCUGUAAGGAGAGUGCUGGAGCAUCUCUUGCCUCCUGACAGUGCUUUGUCCUCCUUGACACUGAUACAUAGUCAGCAAAGAGAGAGUGGAGGGGAUCCUGCAAGUGAAGAAGUACUGAAGAAAAUGGGUGUGAGAGUCAUAUCAAAGCAGGUGGAAGCUGUGGAGCAUGUGGCUAAAGAGCUUGAAGAGUGGAGCUGUGUGGUGGUGGUGGGUCCUCCUCGCUCAGGGAAAACCACCAUCAUUUCUGCAGCUGUGAGGAUCUACCAGCGUCGGUGUGGUGCCAUGACCCUCUCCAGCAGCCACCAGUAUACACCCUCCACUGCUGGCUACAAGUCCUCCCGCAACAUGGGAAGGACACGGUCUUCGACACAGAGAACUCCUCCAACAGGCCACAGGACCAUGAGGAGUGAGGACAGCACUAUCACCCAUGACUCACGACGAUUCACUGAUGGAGACACCAUUACUGUGGAUGAAGUGGAUGAGUCAAAUAUUGAAGUGGUGAGCUCUGGCAGGCGACUUGUGGACCGCCACGUGUACACCCUCAAGCCUCAGAGCUACUCAGAGACCAGACUCAUGGGUACUGAGGCUCAGGAUGGUCUUUUUUCCUCUCUUCUGCAAAGACUUGGCACCAAGGCCACCCACAGUGUUGUGAUUCUGGAGGGUAAGGAAGCUGGCAAGUGUCUUUUGCGACUCCAAGACCUUCCUGGAACCUUACUCAUGGAUUCAUUGUUGGCACUCCCUGCCAACCCAAACCUUACCUUCGUUGUCGAGGUAUGCAGUCUGGAGGAGGUACCAGGCUGGGUGUUAGGGCGGGCAGGUGUGGUGCAGAUCAACCCUGAGAUCCUGUCCCUUGCCACCCUUCUCCCAGAGCCAUCAAUCCUGCCUGAAACUCCCACCACUGACAGCCGUAGUGACACCAGUGCCACACCCAGAACACCAAGUAUUCCCAGCACCCCAGCCACACACCCUGAGGAGCCACCCACUCCUGCUACCAUUCUGUAUUACCUUCUUUACCGCCUCCUAAACCCUCUGCUGGAAGUACUCAGUGACAACCCCUCCAUUAUCUUCAACUGUGCUUCAGUUGAUGUUAUUAAGAUGGUAGAAAAUCUAAGGGAACACCAGAAUGAGGAAGUAACGGUGGACUGUGUGGCUGGCAUCGUGCAGGCUGUGGUGCAGGCUGGCAGGUGUAUGGCCCACCCUGCCAUCCUACCAAAGGUGCAUGAUGUACUUUCUACUGCCCUCACAAAGGUGUCUGGAGAAACUGUUUUGGAUGCUACAUCCAUGAAAGUGCUUGAGAGUUUGUGCAGCACUGGCAAUGUGAGUGACCUGACUUGGAAUGCAGCAUCCAGCAGCUGGCAGCCAUGGGGGAGUACCACAGACCCUCAGGCAUCCUCCACAACUGUGGGAUCCCUUGCAAAGCCCACUGCUGACACCCAGAGGCUCACUUGGUUACUUCAGCGAAUGAUGACAGCUGGCAAGCCUGUGAUGGUAGCAGGCUAUGCUGGCUGUGGAAAGACUACCACGACUGCUGUGGCUCUUGCUUCUCUCCAAGACUGGGUGGUUGUGGAGGUAAAGGUGACACCAGCCACUACUGCUGAGGACGUGGAGGCAAUACUUUUGAGCCACUUGACACAAACCUCACAUGACACUCUCAGUCCACCUUCCCCGACUAUUUUCUGCUUUGAUGAUGUCGGUGGUCUUGGGGGUAUGGAACAGAGGACGUCAACAGCAGCCAGUUUCAUUCAGACCCUCGCUCACCACAAAGGAAUCUUCCUCACCUCCCAAAGAGCUCGCUGGAUGAACCUUGCUCACAUAUAUGUGGUGUGCAUUUGCACAUUGAAAGAGGAUGAAGGAACUAACCAAGAAGAGACUCAUGGGUGCUGGAGGGGCUGGGCACUGUACCAUUUGCACCAUGAUCAAGGAGCUGCCAGUAGUGAUGCCCUUUCUGCUGCACUUAGACACCUUGCACCCCUACAGAGUCAUGCCCAUACUGCUCUCACCAAUGCCACACUUCUGGUGGCAGAGCGUGUGGUGCCAUUGCUAAAUACACUGGAGGAGCCCUUCGCCCCCACUGGCAAGGUUGCUCUUGUUUGGCAAGUUGCAGCUGCUCUUCGUGUUGAUCCAUCCCCGUUUGUGUCCUCAGCUUCAUUCCUCAAUGUGUACCAUGCGUGGCUUCAUGUGCUUACCUCCACUUUCAUGCUCCCUGUGCACUCCAACAAGGUGCAAGAACAUGUGUGGGAGGAAGUGCAAAGGAGCAUCAGUGAGAGUUGCUCUGGGCUAGUAACAGAUCUGCCAGAGACACCCCCAAUACCUCUUUGGCUGCCUGGCCCUCCAGUUCCUGGGGAGACACCCUCAUACAUCACACAGCAGGAAGCAGCCAUCAAAGUAGCUGAGAUUCUCCACGAAAAGAAGAAAAUGUUGGAGAGUGAGGAGGCGACAGAAGUGAUUUCUCAUGGUGGAGUGUGUAUUGGUGUUGCAACAGUUGUGGCUGCAGUGUGGGACCUCCUCAGUACUCCUUCACCUCCACUCCUCUUGUGUAUUGGGUCUGCUACCAGGGACAAGGAGGUGGUAGUGUCUUUGGCAGCUUCUUACCUUGGUGUUAAACUAGUGCAAUGUGAGGAUGAGCAUGAUGCUUUGAAGAUUCUGAAAGAUUCCAGGGAUACUGAAGGUGAUGCUGGUAGAAAUGGUCAUGAAAGUGCUACAAACAGCAAGGGUGAUGGCAGAGGUGGUGGCAGUAACUACAGGGAUGAUGGUGGUGGCUGUGGGCGUGGUAACACUGACGGUGGUGACAAGGAUCGGCCAAUACCACCACUGUUGGUUCACAUUCCAGCCAGAUUACUUACUCACCCAGAUGUGUUGAAAAGUUUGCUGGAUGCUGCUUCCAAAACAAAUGUUGGACAUACAAGAGUGUACAUAGUAACAGGAUGGCACAGGGAAGUGUGGCCACUAAGUCAGGAGCUGAAGUGGGUGGCACAGCAGGGAAGAGUGGUGAUAAAUCUGCCUCGCCACACUAAUGGCCAUCAUCAGGAUCUUAUACUGUCCCUGAUGAAGAAGGAUCAAUAUCUUCAUGAGGAAGGACUGAGUGAGCACUUUGGGAUAGCAGAGUUUGCAGCUGCUGUUCAUAAGUCUGCUUGCUCUGAGGAUGAGCAGGAUAGAAGCACCAGGAUGGGUGGGCAGCCCUCAAACACCAAGCAGCUGCCAUCUGUGGCUUCUAUGGUGCAUCUGGUCACUGUAUUUUCUGAGCUUCUGAAGGAGAAAAAGUUAAAGAUUCACACCAAGAUGAAGGAGGUGGGCCAGGCUGUGGCACGUGUCGGGGAGCUGGAGGAUCAUGUGGCCAGCCUGAAGAGCACUCACACCAUGCUUGAGAACUCCUUGGCCCAAUCCAGCCACAACAUUCAGACCAUGACAGAUUCCCUUCAGCAGAGAAGAGAAGAUAUAGUAAUAUUGGAGAAAGAGGCCAGCAAGCUGCGUGAGGAGGUGGCAGAGGUAGAGAUGGCACAGGAGGAGCUGGGUGGGGAGGUAGAGGAAUAUGUGCAAGAAACCAAGGCACCACUGUUGGAAAUAACAGAGAAGGUCGCUGUCCUAGACAUACACAGAAUCCGCAAGUUGCUGUCCCGUUCACCUAUAUCAGCCAUUCAGUUGGUGUUUGAGUGUGCUGUGGUGCUGCUUGGUUCAGCUGACAUGUCAUGGAGAGCAGUGCGUCAUGCCACUCAGGACGACAGCUUCUGCACACGACUGGCAGCAGUGUGUGUGCCAGCCCUGACACAGACAGUGAUUUCAACUAUAUCAGAUAAAUUAGAGCAAGUAAAGAUGACAGUGGAGCACAUGAGUCGUGUGAGUGACAUUGGCGGGGUGCUUCUCCAGUACCUGCGCUGUGCCAUGUUCUUCUGGCACCGUUACCACGAGGAUGUGCAGCCCCGCCAGGCACGGGUACAGACACUCUGUGACCAGACCAAGCAGCUCCAAGUCAAGUUGUCCUCCAAGGAAAGGCGCAUAACGGGGCUUAAGGAGGAGGUGACCACCUUAAAGUUGCGUCUAAAUGAGGAGGAGCAGCGUGUGGCCUCCCUGAGGAGCCAGAGAGUAGCUAUUGAGGAAGAGCUGGAGACAGUCAUGGAGGUUAUCACCCACCUCAGCCCUCACUCAGAGAGAUGGCGCGAGGAGACAAGGCAGCAGACAGCAAUGCUUCAGGAGGUUACUGGGGAGUGUCUGCUGGCUGCCACCUGCCUUACCUAUCUGGCUGCACUAAGCCCAGAGUCGGGCAAGGGACUGGAGGAAGCCUGGAAGAGGGACUUGGCUGCCCGUGGCUUCCUCCAUCAGGUACCUGUUGAAAGUCGUGAGGAAAAGUUUCGGCUUGUAUCAAGCAUAACGGAGAUGGAAGUGGGAGUGAAAGAAGCAGUUGAAUUCCAUUCUCGCCACAACUCUAUUCUUCUAGUUCGUGACCCUCACUAUCUGGUGGAGGAGUACCUAGGCACAGGAACGUGGCUGCACACGCACAAGGGGUCAUGGAUGGAGGAACUCAAGGUAGAACUGACAGCCAGGGAGCUGCAGGGUCCCCUCUACCUGAGACAGAAACAUGCAGGAGCCAUGGAGGUCGUUAAAAGCAUUUUGCAGCUGCUAAAGGAUACUCACAAGUUUGAUGGCCAGAAGGUGGCGGUGGUGGUGGUGGUUGAUGACGGCUGCUCUACCUCAUCCUGUCCUCUGUGUUCCUGGCUAAAGCUCAUUGACCUUUCUCUCCACCACAAGGGUGUUGUGCAGGUGGUGACAAAGACUCUCUUGAGAUGGCACUCUCCUGGACUGCAGGAGAGAGUACACAAGGCGUUGGACCAGUUGUUGACUGCGAGGGGAAAGAGGAAUCAGGUUGAGGCAAGACUGAUAAGUUCCCUCACCCAAACUGUAUCAGUCACUUCUUUAACAGAGCUCACAGGAUUCAUGGGCCUCAUUAAGGAACUCAAUGAUGUGACAGGUAUGGUGUUGCUGCAGGAAGAGGAGGUAAAGAAACUAAGUGAAGUGGUGAACUGUCGGUACACUCAAGCUGCCUGCCUUGCUGCCCACCUCUAUGCCCUGACCUCAGUCCUGGGCACCCUCCACCCAAACUAUUCUGUGCCUCUUAGCUUGGUUCAGGACAGUAUUUCCCACAGACUUUCUUCCUCAGCUUGUGUUGCUGAAACCCUAGAGGACAUUUCUCAAGAGGAAAUGUUGCAGUCAGUAACAGAAGCAGUAUUUGCAAUGAUAGAUGCAAGGCUGCAGCGCCAACACAGGCUCCUGGUGGCCACAUGUAUUGGUCUGGUGAGCCUCAAUAUGAGUUGUGAGAAGGAGGACUAUGUGAAGGCCUUCCUGGUCCCUCUCAAUCUUGAUCAGACAUGGUUGUGGGAGGGGGUUGUUCCUCCCAAGAAAAAAGUGGAAGCUGAGGUUGAUGAAGAAGAAAAGGAUAAGGAAGAGGAUGUGGAGGAUGGAAAGGACGAAGAGGAAGAAAGAGAGGAGAAAUCUGAUCAUGAGAAGGAGCUUGAAACAAGGUCAGAUGAAACAAUAGAAGAACUUGACCAGGCAGAGGAAACCUUCCCUUCCUGGAUACCAAGUGGAUGCAAGAAAAAGAAUGCAAGGAUUCUUGUGGCACUCAUUGAAAGCUGUGGCAGCCUGUUUCCACUCUCAUUGCCUCUUGCUGAAUCUGCUGCAUCUGCACUGCUGCAGUGGUUGGAUGGGAAAUCUUCUAGCUGGCAAGAGAUCUUCCCUGCAGAGACCAGCCUCCACCAGGCUGGCCAAUGGGUUCUUCUGGCUCGGCACCUGAGGCAGGACCAGUUGCUUCCAGCCAUGACCCUCCUCACCACUCAUGUGUUGGGUGCCUCAGCCCUGCACCAGCACCCUGACCCUGUGAGCAGAGCUGUGGGGCUCCUAGCCAGGCGUCAAUGCAUUCCUCAGGGACUCACACCACUCAUACAGGUCAAUGUGGGUGCUGGCGGGUGUGCGCCUCGGGUUGUUAUGGAGGCGGGGCAGAAGGGCGGCCUACCAUACUACAAAGUGACAUUCCUCUCCCUAGCCAUAGCGACCAAGCAGGAGGUGCGGCGUCGCGUGGUGAUGGCCGGGCGGCGGCGCACGUGGCUGGUGCUGCUGGACGGCCACACAGCGCCCUCCAGCCUGGCCCACGCCCGCCUGGCCCUCGCGUCGCUGCCGGCCACGCUGCCCAUCCCCACCGUGUUCUGCGUCUUGCCUGCAACUCACGCCACGGCCAUCGCGUGUCAGAGUGCUGUUGUCGUUCACGUGGAGCGUCCCUCUGGCUUGGCCUCGACCCUGGCGGCUUACUUACCCCACGCCCACGCCCACCCACGCCCCCUUCACCAGCCAGGAGCCGCCACCACCGCUGCUGGAAUCACCACCGCCUAUGUGUUCUCCGUCCUCCACGCCAGGGGGGAGCGUGUGACCCCUUGCUGGGUGCGGCGGCCGCUGCUGACGGAGACACUGCUUCGGGAAGCUGUGGGAGCUGCUCAUCGACUGGCUGCCCCCACUACCGCCGCCACAGACACCACCGUUGCCACAGCUUCAGAUCAUAUGGUUGCUUGGGGGGAUGUGGCUCUCUUCCUGGCUAAGGUAGUGGUGGGCAGCGUGGUGGAGACGAGGCUGGAUCAACAGGUGGUCAACACGAUCUUCAGUGACCACCUCAACGCCCAGGUGCUGAGGAAGACGGGGGAGGCAGGCGAGACGACCCCCAGCCCCGCCACACCCACCCCAGCCCCUCACACCCAGCCCCCCGCCAGCCCCCAGCAAUCAACCAGGUCGGGGGAUGAUAGGGAGAAAGGGAAAGGAGAUGAGGAGGAGUCACAUGCGUCAGAGCCAUCAACAGUCCUCCUCCACUCCCUUCCUGCGGGUGACCUGACCUAUGACCUCAACCAGCCACCCCACAGCGCCACAGCGAGCGUGUGUGGCCGCGUGGAGGGGGUCGAGGCGAGGCUGCUGGGCAUCCCCGAGCGACACAGGGAGGGCGAGGAGAGUAUGCAGGUGACGGCCAUCCUGGAGGCCUUCACCGAGACACCCUGGGUGGAGGUGCCGCAUUGGGUUGUGGAAGGGCUGCUGGAGGAGCUGUGUGCCGCCCUGGGGAGUCCCGUGGGGAAGGUGGCGGAUCAGGUGACGCGUGAGGUGACCCCGGAGUCGCAGGCGUGGCAGCAGGAGGUCGCUGCGUGGGAUGACCUCGUGGCGGCGGCGGGCAGGCGGCUGGACAUGUUUGGACAGGCUGUCCGGGAGAGAAAGAUGCAACCUGCGCAGGCCCUGAAGGCACUCGGGAAUCUAGUGAAGACCUCGCUCCUGCACCCCGACGCCGCCGCCUUAGCAGAAGUUCACGGGCGGGGGAAGGAGGUGCCGAGGUGGGAGGAGGCGGUGAAGGGGCGGGAGAACCUGUGCAGUGUGUGGCGGGCGAGGGCGGUGGUGAAGGGCGUGAAGCAGCUGACGAAGGAAUGGAAGGAGCGACGGGCACAUCUACUUACCUGGGCAGAAACUGAAGCCGCUCCAGCAGUGGUUCGCCUGGGCUUACUGGCGGCACCGGGGUGGUGGCUGAGUGCCCUUCGUCAGGCCGUCUGUACCCGAGCCCAUUGGCUGCUGCACGGCUCACAGGUGCACGCCCAGCCCGCCACCGCUCAGUCGGACCGCCCUCCUCAGGGCGUGUACGUGGAGGGCACGAGGCUGGUGGGCGGGCGGUGGGUUGGCGGGAAGGUGGUGCCUCUCGACGCUCCCUCAAACCAAGAAGAGGAGGAGGAGGAGGAGAGGAAAGAUGAGCCUCUCACUCUCGCCCUCAGCGUGUCGCACUCCAGUCCUCCCUGUGCGGCGGGCCACGUGUGGGUGCCGGUGAUGGAGUGCCGCGGGGCUGCCACUCCUCUGUUCCACGCCCUGCUGCGCUGCCCCGCCUCCUCCCACACCGCCCUCUACAUACUUCUUUGAGGCACACACACACACACACACACACACACACACACACACACACACACACACACACACACACACACACACACUUUGGUCUUGCUGCUUUUGCCACUGCUUUCUACGUCUAUAGAUGUUAAUAUCCCGCCCCGAGACUGAUCACACUAUUCAUCACUCCCGCUUCCACAACUCGUGUAGUCAUGCACCACUCGGCGAACUUACACGUGGAAUAACACGAACUGAUAACCUCCCCAUGGCGCUCCGAG